GGCGGCCGGCCGGCAGGCAGUGCCGGUUUGGCUGAUAUUGUGGAUUGGAGUCCUCCGCGAGGGCUUUUCUGCAAGCUUUGGGCAGAGGAAGGACCUUCAUGGGAGAGGCUGCCAGCAAGUAAAUAUUCGUAAGGUACAAUUAGAUUCCAAACAAGACCUUCACUGCCAUUUCCAACAUUUCUUCUCUAAGAAAAGAUGGAAUUCCUGAGGGAUCUCUUUGUUCUGCAGUUUCUUGUUACCCUGCCUUACAUUAUUUUGUCAGAAGCAGAUGUUUAUAGCCCACAAUAUGGAAUUGAAAAUCCGGACAUCUUACCUUCAAGGCUAACAUCUGUAAAUGUAUCCAAUGUGUUUUAUGGAAUCAUGUUUGAUGCUGGAAGUACUGGGACACGCAUACACAUCUACUCUUUCAUUCAGAAAGGCCUUGAACCCCCUCAAGUCGACAGUGAAAUAUUUGAAUCGGUAAAACCUGGUCUGUCAGCUUAUGUAGAUGACCCUGAGCAGGGUGCAGAGACUGUACGCGAACUACUGGAUGUGGCAAAGCAGACAAUACCUUCAACCCACUGGCACACUACCCCUGUGGUAUUAAAAGCCACAGCAGGACUGCGAUUGCUUCCAGAGCAGAAAGCCCAAGCUUUGCUAUUAGAGGUCCAGGAACUAUUUGAGGAUUCACCUUUUCUAGUACCAGCUGACUGUGUUAGUAUAAUGAACGGCACAUAUGAAGGAAUUUUAGCCUGGAUCACAAUAAACUUCUUGACUGGCCACCUGUAUGGUGCAAAUGAAAACACUGUAGGAAUCCUGGACCUGGGAGGUGCUUCCACACAGAUUACUUUUCUCCCUCAGGCUGAGAGUACACUUCAUGCUGCGCCUAAAGAUUAUAUCAGUUCCUUUGAAAUGUUUAACAAUUUCUACAAGCUGUACACCCACAGUUAUUUAGGUUUUGGACUGAAAGUAGCAAGAUUGGCUGUUUUAGGAGCAUUGGAUGCAAAAGAUGUGGACAGCAAACUAUUUACAAGUUCAUGUUUACCACCGUCUUUGAAAGCUGAAUGGAAAUUUAGUGGAAUCAACUAUAAGUUUGGAGGAAUAAAAGAAGUUCCUUCUGGCUUCCAAUCCUGCUACACUGAAAUUAUCAAGCUGAUACAAAAGAAACUUGAUCAGCAAGAUGAAAUCAAAAGGAGGACAUUCUACGCAUUUUCAUAUUACUACGAUCGAGCUGUAGAUGCAGGAAUUAUUGAUGUUGAGGAGGGUGGCGUUAUACGUGUGAAGGAUUUUGAAACAAAAGCAAUAGAAGUGUGUGAAAACUUCAAUAAAGCAACCAAAGGUAGUCCCUUUCUAUGCAUGGAUCUAACAUACAUCACUGCCUUACUCAAGGAAGGGUUUGGAUUCUAUGAUAACACAGAACUACAGCUGGCCAAGAAAGUCAAUAAUAUUGAAACUAGCUGGGCACUAGGAGCAGCAUUCCACCUCAUCCAGUCACUGAGGAGCACUGCGUGAAUUGUAAAGCAAAUCUAAUGAGACACUUUAUUUAUGGGGCAGUGAGUCACAUGAUUGCUACUGUUUUAAAGUCUGAGCACUGAUUUCUAUCUGCAUAUAGAAAAAAUAACUUCAACUCCAAACUGGUCUCCAUUCACUGAAAACAAGUCAGAGAUGUGCUCCCUUCGAGAGAGUCUCUCAUUGUUUCAUGAGGUGGUUAGUUAAUUAGGGAUGGGGAGGAAGCUAUGCUAUAUUGCUAUAUUUUUGACUCCUCUUUGAUAAAUUAAGCAGAAAAAUAAAAUCAACAUCAAGACUUUCAAAAAUAUACCUUCGAUGGAAUUGCCAUAAGAAUGUGGAAAUGCUCAAUACCAAAACAUCACAUCGGGCAGUAAUCAUGAAAUGAUCUUUCUACUGGACUUGCAGAGAAACUCUGAUAUACUUAAAUACUUUUCAGUAUUAACAAUUUAAUUUGGUUAGUGCUUGCUCCCACUGUAACAAAAGUCUAUAAGAUGUUGAUGUAAAUCAGCUCAAAACCUUCAAUGACAGUAGAUAUUUUUAAACAUGUCCUGAUUACUGUUAGUGAUAGCAUGCCUAGAUUUUUAAAAAUUACUCAAAUUAAAUCUCACUCCAAAUUUAGUUCCAGAUAUAGGGUUAUCUUAGAAGAAGCUUGCUUUCAAAGCUGGUGGGAAUGUUUUUUAUUCACUUAGGAGCACGAGAACAUUAAAUCUUCUUAUUAGAACCAGCGUUGGUUGUAUGAGCAAAUAAAGAGUAGUGGGGGAGCUAGGGAUUGGCAUUUUAACCUCAAGAAUAUGGGAAGUUGUUAUCCUCAACUGAUCUUGAAUGCCUCCUAGUGACUUUUAACUUGAACCUGUUUUGCCAGGAGACCAGCAUCUGAUAUUAAAUUAUUUGGAGAUGGUAGGGAGUGGAAAUAUAAAGUAAUUAAGCAGUAAUUGGGAGAUACUCAAAUACCACAAAUGUGUUAAUUUUUAAUUGUGACUGUAAUAGAUGUGUCACCUUGGAAGUCAAUUUAGCUCUUGGAUAAGUUUGAAUUUCAAUGGGUUCAAAUCACUGUGGUACAAAAUUCUGCCUUAACCAGACUUUGAUCUCUGUUACAUAAUUUCCUUACAAGUUUCAAAUCUAUGACAAGCUGGAGCAGUGUGAUGUUGUUAAUAAAGCCACUCAGGUUUCAGAUUACAAUAAUGUUUUGUACUGCUAUUUUAAGUAACUAACAAAUCAGACUAAUCAGGUAUUAAAAUUAUGUAACUUAAAAGAAACAUUUAAAUUCAACUAGUUUAUGUCAAGUAAUCGAAAGUGUACCUGAAAGCUGUCAAAUUUGACUGGCGUUUUUGGUAAAUGCUGUGCCAAGAGCUAGUUUCACACUAGCCAGCUGUAUAGAUCAGAAGACCUAUAAAUAUUGGGUAUGGCUCAUCAGAUUCUCUUGCCCAGUCACUGUCUCAGCAAUUUAAACAUCUCUGAUCAAAGUGGUUUCAUUUUCAGUCUAGCUUUUAAUCAACAAACGCUCACUGAAAGUAGGAGAGCUUUGUUAGCAGUCAUGUAAGAUUCUCUCUCUCUCUGUCUGCCAUGUGCCAAAACUUUGUGGCUAUAUUUUGUCUCCUGGAACAAAAUCUUUGCUGCUUUUAUUCAAAAAUUAUGUAUAUUGCACAAGUGUAUUUAACUGCAUGAUGGCUGUAAAAAUGAUUUCAUAUAAAAUAUUCACUUGCAGUGAUUUCAUUGACGAAUUCAGGACAUCUACACAGAAUAUUCUCAAUACUCUGAUCUUAUGGUGUAAACUUAUCAGAUGAGUUUAAACUUUUAUCAUGAAUUAAACAGAUAUUUUAAAUUAAA